UUUCUCCCUUGCAGCCGCGUCCUCCCUUCUCUCUCUCUCCCGACCUCUCGUCCCCUCUUUCUUCUUCUUCCCUCUGCAAGCGCCAGAAGCCACUAUCUCCGGCCACCACCUUGCAAAAUCGCCACCACCCAUCAAUGCAGCACGAAGAUGCGACCCAAACCCAAGAGAAAUUGAAGCCAUGCAUCGACCCCAACCUCUCUCUUUCGUUCUCCUUCUCUCUGACACCGCCGGAGACUCCAGCUCCGGCCACCAUCUCACCACACCAUCACCACUAAUCGAACCAGCACCAAAAUCUGACCAAAGCCCAACUGAGAUCACCACCAAGCAUCGUCGUUAAUCUCCACAGACGACCACCACAGUCCCGCCAGGUUGGCCGGCCAGAGCUUCCAUCUCCGACCAUCAUUUCAACACACCGCCGACACCAACGUGCCCAGACCAAACCGAGCAUUGAAACCCCAAAGUUUCGCUGACGAUCGACGCCGGAAGACUACCGCACGCAUCGUCACCGGAGUAUUGCCUCUGCAUGUCUUCGUUUUCCGUCCUCCAGUUCAAACCGAGCGAAACCACCAUCAAGAAUCGAGUCAGCGCCUUGUCAAACACCAAAACCCUAGGGCCCCGACCUCCGACUCAGACCAGAGCCGCCGUACGCGCUUCACGCGCCACUGCUGGCGUAUGAGCCACCGCAGCUCCACCGCUCAUGGAUGCCGAAUUUCCAGAUAGUUUCGAUUAGGUAAUUAUCUUACCCUCUCUUGGUUAAAACCCUGAUUUUCGAUGUGGAUUGAGAAGCCCUAAUCAACUGCUGUUUGAUUUGAGAAUUGAGGUUGAAGGAGUUCUGCAUUUUUGGAGGACUUCGGGUAUGUGGAGUUCGGGAAUUUGGAGUUUUGGAGGAGGAGGAGGAGCUGCUGGGUUAAUUUCAGUUGAAACUGGAGAAGGUGUUUACACGACUAUGGGUGGUGGAUUGCAGCAUUUGGAAUUAGCUUUCAGUUUGGAAAAGAAGAAUUGGACCCGAGCGUGUGCAUUUGGAAGUGGACAAAGUGUUGAAAGUCGAGAACGAACCCGAAUGUGGGCAAGCACUCCAAUUCCAGUGUGCAGGUUUCGAGCAUGUGGUCGGGAAGCGUACAGGGGAGGCACAUGGCACGGCUUGGCGCAUUUCUCUUUAGUUUCAUCAAAAGAAGGUACCAAAAAGUGCCACGUCGUCAGCAAAGAUACAAGUUGAAAUGAUAAAACGAAACUGAUAGGAUGUCGGAAUAGCCUCAUACAUAGUACGGCAGAGAAGUUAUGGCGGGAGCUUCACUGUCAUCACUGCAUUUGAAGAGCGCCGCUAUCAGAAUCAGGACAAGUAGUACAAUUGUUAAUGUCGCCAGUGCUACGGAGACCCAAACCAGUACUCGGGUCCAACUCCCCCAGAAGACCCGGAAUUCCAGGGUGUUAGUGCUCGGUGGAACCGGUCGGGUCGGAGGAUCCACUGCUAUUGCCCUCUCCAACCUCUGCCCCGACCUCCAAAUUAUCGUCGCCGGCCGGAACAGGGAGAAAGGCACUGAAAUGCUGACCACUCUUGGGGCGAACUCGGAGUUCUGUGAAGUCGAUAUUAACAAUGAAAAAUCAUUGGAAGCAGCUCUGGAAGAUGCGGAUCUUGUAGUUCAUGCUGCUGGCCCAUUCCAACAGGCAGAGAAGUGCACUGUAUUGGAAGCUGCCUUAAAGACCAAGACAGCCUAUGUUGAUGUUUGUGAUGAUACAGCCUAUGCAUUCCGUGCGAAAUCUUUCCACGAUAGAGCAGUUGCAGCUAAUGUUCCAGCCAUAACAACUGGUGGAAUAUAUCCAGGAGUGAGCAAUGUGAUGGCUGCAGAACUAGUUCGUGUCGCAAGAAGUGAAAACAAAGGAAAACCAGAAAGGCUAAGGUUCUUCUACUACACAGCAGGUACUGGUGGGGCUGGUCCAACCAUCUUAGCUACUAGUUUUUUGCUUCUUGGAGAGGAGGUUGUUGCAUUUAAUAAAGGAGAAAAGAUCAAACUAAGGCCAUAUAGUGGAAUGCUGAAGAUUGACUUUGGAAAAGGCAUUGGAAAGAAAGAUGUUUAUCUAUUGAAUUUGCCAGAGGUAAGAAGUACUCACGAGAUCCUAGGAGUACCUACUGUCAGUGCCCGGUUUGGAACUGCCCCCUUCUUUUGGAAUUGGGCAAUGGAAGCCAUGACUAUUCUUCCUGCAGAGUUGUUGAGAGACAGAAGCAAAGUCCAACAGAUGGUUCAAAUGUUUGACCCUGUAGUCAGAGCAGUUGAUGAGAUUGCUGGAGAGCGUGUAUCAAUGCGGGUUGAUUUGGACUGUUCUGGCGGCCGCAAUACAGUAAGUGUAUUCAGUCACAAGAGGCUUUCUGUAUCAGUUGGAACUGCAACAUCUGCAUUUGUUCUGGCAGUUCUUGAGGGAAGCACAAAGCCUGGAGUUUGGUUUCCAGAAGAGGCUGAAGGGAUUGCAAUUGAGGCAAGGGAAGUCCUUCUCAAACGUGCUGCACAAGGCACAAUAAAUUUUGUUACGAACAAGCCUGCAUGGAUGGUGGAGACAAAUCCGAAAGAGUUAGGGCUGGGAAUAUACGUGUGAUACUCAAACAGUAGUCACACUAGAAGUUCUUCUUCAGCUUGUCCACCCUGUUGCAGAGGUGGCAGAAAGUUUCACCUUUGUGGCAGUUGCAUACUUAUCGCAUUUUCCGGUACCAAGAUUCACAGAUAGUAGGCGUUUUCAGAAGUCAGAAACAUGUGCUAUGUCAUUACUUUGAACAAAAUCUGGAGACGGACAAUAGUGAUUUGCGCACUAUAUAUAUGGUAGUCUGUAGACUAGGAAACAAAGGGAAUGUAAGAUUUACAAUGCCUGUGGGAGUGACAUGGAUCUAGAUUUCUCAUUCUUUUCAUCGAUUAAGUAUACAGUCAAAAUCACCCAAAACGACAACAGGAAAAGAUAAACCCAACUAAUCUAGCUAAAAUUUCUGACCAUUUGAUAUUGUAAGUGUCUUUGUGGAUAUACCUAAAGCCAGCAAGCAGUGGAAGUAAAUUGUUGGUACAUAA